AUGCGAAUGGUGAGUCGAUGCACUUCUCCUCCCAGGUACCUCGAGCGCGCCUGACAAAGGUCUGCCUGUCCUUUCCACAACUGCUCGUCCGCCAUGCAGCUAGAUGACAAGACAUCAAAUGACGUCGAAGUGUCCAAGGGAGAUCAGGACUCCAUCAACAAGUUUUCGAGAUUGAACAAUAAGAGCGCAGAUCUCGAACAAAGGCUGGAAAAGCUGCGGGACGAGAAGGAGGCUCUGAGCGAUGCUGUAGCAGAGCUGGAGUUGCUGGAGUUGGAUGAGGACGAAGACGACCUGGAGGAGGGCGAUGAUGGAUUGGAAGAGGACGCGAAAGAUGAAAAGGCGACAGGUGGAGCUUCAGAGGUUGGCAAAGUUAUGUGAGUCGCAGAUGCGCAGACUGAAUCCUUUGCCGCACACGCAGUCCGACUGAAGACGAGAUCCAACUCACGCGCCCGAUCACGUUCCGGGCUCAUCUUGUGCUACAGGUUCAAAGUUGGUGACGCAUACAUGCACCUCAAGCCAAGCGAAGCCGUUGAAAUGGCCAACGUCGAGUCGGAAAGGCUGACAGCCGAGGUCGAGAAGCUAGCAAAAGAAAAGGCGUCUUGUGAGGAGGGUAUGAGAGAAUUGAAGGUCAAGCUCUACGCCAAAUUUGGAGAUAACAUCAGUAAGUCCCGUUUUCUGGCCAAGGAGAACUUUCUGCUUGCACGUCAGGCCCUUUCCAUUCAAACUCGAUGCUGAACGAUCUUCGUAUGCUGCCUUUGCUGCAGACUUAGAGCGCUGA